AUGAAUACUUUACAAGGAGAGAUUGUUGCAAAGGUUGGUUGUGUUGAAUAUUACUUCAAUGCCAGUUACAAGCUACACAAUCCUGCUAAACACCAAGUCUGGCAGCUCGCUACUCUAGACUUGAACUUGAAGAAACCCAGCUCCCCAGUCAGCAUCAACACUCGAGCUCUUUGUUUGGGUUUUAUAAUUCCAUGUGCUGUUGGAAAAAUCGCAAGAGCGGACAUUGUCAGCUUACGCUUGGUUGAUUUGCCAGGUAUAAAGUCAGUGAGCACAUUUGCUGACCCUGGUCAAUCAUUUGACUUUGAAUCAAUCAAACGAACAGCCGGCUCCGAUGAGUUUCAGUUCUUCCCUGAGAUUUUGAAAGUAGCAGCUGCUGGGUUUACCAUCAACCCUGAUGUCGACAUUGCUACUCUCACCAGUGAGCUCGUUCAGCGCUUGUCAAUGGCUUGGAUCCUACCAUCAUCCCAUCCAGAUCGCCGCCGGACUUUGGCUCUAGUGGAUGGUCGUUAUGAUCCCCAUGUGGGGGAGCCUUUGUACUCUGCUGCAAAAUCACUUGCUAUUGACCUGGUAGUGGUGGAACGACCCGGUCAUUGGAUUGGCCAAGCACAGUACCGGUCUUGGUAUAAAGACCUACUCAUCAUUGACAUGAUGGUUGAUGAGGGCCUAUCGGACCGUAUCGUUGAGGCAAUUCAGGUCUCAGGACAUAAAAUAGACGGAAUUAUUACCAGGUUUGAUCCGCGAGCUGCAGCAACGGCGAAAGCUGCGGAGAGACUCGGUAUUGCGCUUGCACCAGCAGAGGCCUUCGAGGUUGCCACAGACAAGUUUCGGACAAGUUUACUAGAUGGCCAUUCAGCUUAUAGGGUAUCGAGUUUGUAUGCAGCAAAGUCCAUCAUCGAUGAAGGUAAAGCUUUCUUCCCACUCAUUCUGAAGCCAGUCGCAGGGUUUCUGUCUGAAGGCGUUUUUUUGGUGCAGAAUCUCUACGACCUGGAAAAUGCAAUUCACGCUAUCAUCACAGUCCGUGGAAAUGAUGCUUUGAUGGAGCCAUAUUGUGACGGGCUAGAAGUUGAUGCCAACUUUGUUCUUGCUGACGGAGAGGUCCUUUUCUUUGAGGCCUCUGAUGACUUCCCUACAUCAGCUGAAGAAGGGCCCAACGGAACCUUUCUAGAGCAGGCAAAUGUCUUGCCAUCUAGUCUUCCCCAGCAGGAAUUGCAGAUAAUUGAGAAAUCGUUGCACCAGCGGCUCCUGCAACUGGGCUUCAGAGAUAGAAUCUUUCAUUUGGAGGCUCGAAUGCAACAUUCCACAAUGGAAUAUGUCAAAGUCAAUGGCACUCUUGAUCUUGAGUACCGUCCUAUCCAGUCGUUAGCUUCAAAUGGGGCACCUCAGCCAAGUGCUUGGUUAAUUGAGAUCAACCCUCGGCCACCGGGAAUCCAGUCCUUCCAGGCAACUGCCCUCACGUAUGGUGUCGACUAUAUCGGUCUCAGCCUCCUCCUAGCCGUUGGUGAUCGAGAGCGAGCUAGGAUCCUCGCCCAGCCGUUUUUACAACGACAUCAAUACUGGAGUCAGAUCUUGUUUAUUCCAACUCCGAAGGGAGGAAUAUUCAACUCUGACGAUGUAUGCGCUGAGCUGAAGCGGCGAUGCCCCAAUUUGGCUUCGCAUAUAUCAAUCUCCUUCUAUCAUUGGAAUAGAGGAGACGUCGUUCCCGAUCCGCUAAAGUCAGGCAAAUUAACUUGGAUUGCAUACUAUCUAAUGAAUUCGAGGGUGAGCAGGAGGCAUCUCUGGAAGUCUGCGAAAGGGUGA